UGGCGUGCCAGUGGCAUGGAUUAUGGAUUCUCUAAUCCAUGCCAGUGGCGUGCUAUUUGUAAUGUGACCUAGAUGGCCUUGAUGUGACCACGUGGGAUUUGGGAUACUUUGUUGUCUAAACAUGUCUUCACCAUCCAUUGAUGUCACAAUGAAGACAUCUUUAGACCAACUGUCUCAAAAUCUGGCAGAUCUGUGUCUGCCCCUGGAUAACGAGGUUCCAGAGCUGAACGAAGUCCCUUCACCACUGUCGUUCCUGCGGGACUGGUGCGGCCCAAACAAGCCUUUUGUGGUUCGGGGAGCCGCCAGCAACUGGCAGGCUGUGAAGCAAUGGAAUCCCGAUAAUUUCAGGAAACGCUUUGGCGAUAAGAUAUUGUCAGUUGCCGUAACUCCUAAUGGUUACGCUGAUGCCAUCAACGGGAACUAUUUUGUCCUACCAGAAGAGAGGAAGAUGCACUUUGCCAAGUUCCUAGACAUCAUAGAAGAGCCAGAUAAGCAUAAUGGCAUCUUCUACAUUCAGAAGCAGAACUCGAACCUGACUGAGGAAUUUCCGGAACUGCUGGACGGAGUUCCAGCCGAUAUUCCUUGGAUGAGUGAGGCUCUCAACAAGACCCCCGAUGCCAUCAACUUUUGGAUGGGAGACGGUCGCGCCGUGACAUCAUUGCACAAGGACCACUACGAGAACGUCUACUUUGUAAUAUCCGGCUACAAGGACAUCCUGCUGCUGCCGCCCGGCGCUCGGCCGUGGAUCCCGCACAGGUUCUACCCCACGGCCACCUACGCGGAGGAGGGCGGUAGGUUCGAGCUGAGACCGGACUCUGAGGGCGAGCCGGUGCCGUGGGCCGACUGGGCGCCGCCCGCUGAGGGGCAGGAGGUGCCGCCUGGCCAGCCGCGCCCGGUCCACUGUCGUCUGCACGCCGGCGACAUGCUCUACCUGCCCUCACUCUGGUUCCACCACCUGCGGCAGUCGCACGGCUGUAUCGCCGUCAACUAUUGGUACGACAUGGAGUUUGAUGUCAAAUACUGCUACUUUAAGUUUCUAGAAUCACUGAGCACUGCCACUGUGGAUAAGUGAUAGUGGAAGUCUAGACUAGCAUCAGGACUCCUGGGUGCCUUUGAUCCCUUGCCGAGCUUAACGAUUUUGCUUAGAGUAGUGGGCAUAGGGCAAUGCUUAUCCAUACCGACCUCGUUCGUUGUCAACUCAUGGAGGGUAUUAUUACAUUAGAAAUUUGUUAUGGAAAAUUGUUACAACGGAUUAGAGGUGAAGUAUCAACUAUCAAGGAAUAAUUGGUAUGCUAUAUUAUGUGCUAGAGUAAAAUUAAAAAAAAAAACACCGAAAAAGAAACGAGGCCUCGUGACCCCAAGCCCCCCCGGCCCCCAAAGAAACUUAAUACUUACACAAGUCAGCGAGGUGUGUCACAUUUGUCCCGAGAUGGCUUCCAACUUGUUAAGCUCACGGCCUUAUCUAUUGUAUUGUAUUGUAUUGAACAAUCAUGAGCGAUCCACAUUCUGAAAGUGCGUGGCGAUUACUGCUCAGAUGGAGGUGCGUUGCUCCUUCUCCGAGGUUAGAAGAGUAGCAAAUGCCUGCACAGUGCAUUUCAUAGCCUGACUAAUUCGUCACAAAUUUCGUUGCCUCAUAAGGUUUCGUCUCUGCGUUUCUUCGCCCCGCUGUAAUUGGUCUCGCAUUUAUUUGCCAGUGCAUCUAUUCGUCUGCAAUUAUUUGUCGUCUCGAAUCUUCUCACACAGGUCAUUGACAUUAUUCUUCGUUUGUGUGGACGCCUCAUUGGAUGGUAUUACGGAAACUCAAAAGCUCUUCCAUGUUUGAUUUUUACUGAUGAGGGUGAUGUUGCCAACAGUUUCACUGACCCACUGGCACUCAUCACCUUUCCGAGCAUCACCAUCGGCCAGUAGCAA